GUUGUUCCUGCCCAGUGUUCUGUCGUCGAGGCUUGUGCGCAUGCGCAGAAAAAGGGAACGCGAGGAGCGAAAAGGAGGAGGGAGGAUGUAGACGCGCCGUGCACCGCUGGAAGAAGGAGGAGGAGAAGGAGAAGAAGAAGAAGAGGAGGAAGAAGAAGAGGCUGAAGGCCGGGCCGUGAGGCGUCCUUCUCGCGUCCACAUCUGGAUUAACUAUUUGGAUUUUUUAAAAUCUCCGCUCGAGUUUUUGGUGCUCGACUAUGUGUCCUCUCAAAUGGGUUCCAACAACGGAAAACUGUAUGGAAGCGAGGGCAAAGGGAGCUCCAGCAUCUCGUCUGACAUAAGUUCCAGCACCGAUCACACGCCCACCAAAGCUCCCAAGAAUGCGACUCCCAGCGAAGGUUUGGACUCCAGCACGAGGACUCUGAGCACACCCAGUCCAGGCCUCAAGUCGUCGUCUCUGUCCUCCCCGGCGCUGUCCAGCAACGGCCAUGACACCAACUCCACCUCGUCCGCCGCUUCCGAGACGGUGGCCGUGGUCCACCCUCAGCCGGGCGCCCGCGCCCACACCCGCGUCUCCAGAGGCCACUCCCCCGCCGACCUCCUCCCCGACGGCGUCCUGCUGCAGAUCUUUUCGCACCUUCCCACCAACCAGCUGUGCCGCUGCGCCCGCGUGUGCCGCCGCUGGUACAACCUGGCGUGGGACCCGCGGCUGUGGCGCACCGUGCGGCUCGCCGGCGAACUGCUGCACGCCGACCGCGCCGUGCGGGUGCUGACCCACCGGCUGUGCCAGGACACGCCCAACGUGUGCCUCACCCUGGAGACGGUGGUGGCGAGCGGCUGCAAGCGGCUCACCGACCGCGGGCUGCACGUGCUGGCCCAGUGUUGCCCCGAGCUGCGCCGACUGGAAGUGGCCGGCUGCUACAACGUCUCCAACGAGGCCGUGUUCGAGGUGGUGUCGCAGUGCCCCAACUUGGAGCACCUCGACCUCUCAGGCUGCUCCAAGGUGACAUGCAUCAGCCUCACAGAGGAGGCGUCGCUCCAGCUGUCCCCCCUGCACGGCCAGCAGAUUUCCAUCCACUACCUGGACAUGACCGACUGCUUCUGCCUGGAGGACGAAGGCCUGCGCAUCAUCGCCACACACUGCCCCCGCCUGACGCACCUCUACCUGCGGCGCUGCACGCGGCUGAGCGACGAAGCGCUGCGCCACCUGGCCCUGCACUGCCCGUCCAUCCGCGAGCUCAGCCUGAGCGACUGCCGCCUGGUGGGCGACUUCGGGCUGCGCGAGGUGGCCCGCUUGGAGGGCUGCCUGCGCUACCUGAGCGUGGCCCACUGUGCACGCAUCACCGACGUGGGGGUGCGCUACGUGGCGCGCUACUGCCCCAAGCUGCGUUACCUGAACGCCCGCGGUUGCGAGGGGCUAACGGACCACGGGCUGGGGCAUCUGGCGCGCAGCUGCCCCAAACUCAAAUCCCUGGACGUUGGCAAGUGCCCGCUGGUGUCGGACGCCGGGUUGGAGCAACUCGCCCUGUACUGUGGCGGUCUGCGCCGCGUCAGCCUGCGGGCGUGCGAGAGCGUGACGGGGCGCGGCCUGCAGGCACUGGCCGCCAACUGCUGCCAGCUGCAGCUGCUCAACGUGCAGGAGUGCGAGGUGUCGCCGGAGGCGCUGCGCUUCGUGCGACGCCACUGCCGCAAAUGCGUCAUCGAGCACACCAAUCCCGCCUUCUAUUGACAAACUCCUGCUACGUGCCUCAACGCAGCCUCGCAGAAUGUAUUUAACAUAUUUAUCUGUACAAAAGAGAAGCAAGUGGUGCCUUGAGAUACGAGUGACCCAUUGUCAUUUUUUUUUUUUUUUGCUUGGACUUCAAGCGGAAACUUGACAGACUUGUUAAACCCAACAUUUUGUGUGCACGUUAUUCCUAUUGUGUGGUCACUGCAAUUUAAUUUUUUCCCCACUCAUGUCCAGUGGGCUCUGUAAGGGUGUCCCUUGUGUCUACACUUCAGGGCCACCUUGUUCAUAAACAUCACAUUUUUUGCAGCAGCUUGCUAUAGGACACUUUUGUAAAUUAUUCUGUUUUGGAAUGAGCAUCCUUCGAAAUCCAACGGGACUAUUUAUGGUGCAACAAAAAAAGCGCUCCUGUACAGUACACUUAAUACAAUCACCGUGCUUGUGACAAUCAUCACGCAAUUAAAGGACUAUCACAUUGAAGCACACAAACACUUUGCUGCUCAAAUUGUGCCAAUAAAGUCCAUGAAUGCUUUGGUA